ACAUGCGGCGGCAUGCAGCAGCAGCCGCCCGGUCACGGGGACUCCUGACAGGGACUCCUGCCCCCCCCUCCCUGUAUAUUUCCGCCUAUCCGGCGUUUCCAGUAUUCAUUCAUCUCUGCCAGAGCUGCGGCUCGGUCUGCUCUGACAGCAUCCUACCAUCCAUCCACUCGUCUGUCCACCAAUCUGCCUCCAUCCCUCCUUCUAAUCCAGCUGCGCGUCGUGUUCGGAUCUCCAUCUCAGAAGGUCAAACAUCCCUUUCAUCCACCGAGCCAACUUUUCCUCUUCAUUCCUCCCCUCCUGAUCUGCGGGGAUUAUUUCUCCAGUCCGCUGCCGUUUCCUCCCGGCCCGAUCAGAGGAUGGUUGGCUGAACUCUGAGCUCACUGAUCGGCCGGCUGAGCAUUGCUGGUCGCAGCUGCUGUCAUGGCCAAAAGCCCCGAGGUGAAGCUGGCUGUGUUCGGCAAGGCGGGGGUGGGCAAGUCAGCGUUGGUGGUGAGGUUCCUGACCAGACGCUUUAUCUGGGAGUACGAUCCAACACUGGAAUCUACGUAUCGUCACCAAGCCAGCAUUGACGAUGAGGUUGUCACCAUGGAGAUCCUGGACACUGCAGGCCAGGAGGACAUCCAGCAGAAGGAAGGUCACAUGCGCUGGGGCGACGGAUUCAUCAUUGUCUAUGACAUCACAGAUCGGGGAAGCUUCGAGGAGGUAGCCCCUCUUCGAACCCUCCUGGAGGAGGUGAAGAAACCAAAGAACGUCCCUCUGGUGCUGGUGGGGAACAAGUCCGACCUGGACCACGUCCGCCAGGUCCCCACAGAGGAAGGCGAGCGGCUGGCGGCUGAAAUGGCAUGUGCCUUCUACGAGUGUUCGGCCUGCGCCGACGAGGGCGGCGUAGUGGCCGAGGCGUUCCACGAGCUAUGCAGGGAGGUGAGACGCCGCAAAGCCGUCCAGGGCAAGGCCCGUCGCCGCAGCUCCACCACGCACGUCAAGCAAGCCAUCAACAAGAUGCUGACCAAGAUAAGCAGCUAGGGACGAGUCCUGCUGGUGUCCAGUGAUAAAUGGACAUUUUCUAUUUUUCUCAUGGAAAUAACUGAGACAAUUUCUGACUGCGAAAUGACUGACAUGUGGCUAACUUCAAGUGGAAUCUCCAUGUUCUAUGACUGAUUGACAUUGAAGAAGCCAGCAGGGCUGAGUUUUCUCUUUGGAGGAGCCAGAAGACGUCAGUCUGCUGAGUUCUUAAUGUUCCCUCAUUCAAACCUUUAAGCUGAUUCAGUGCAUGGAGUUACAUGGUAGCUUAAUAUGGCAUAUCAGUUAUAUGUUGAGGCUCCGAUAUUUCUGGCAUGAGCAGAGGUGUGACCGUUUUACCAUCAUUCACACAAAAAUGUAAAACAAUUUCUUACUCCAGAACGGCCCGAUAUUCUCAUUUCAAAAAGGUGUUACCUUAAUAAGCUACCUUAAUAAGCUUGAGAAGUGAUCCUGUUUUAAUUUAGUCAGUUGUCCAUGUCAACUGAAUUUGUAGUUGUAAGAACAAAGGUCAGUGUACCACCUGACCAGCGGUGCACAGCAUCAGUUGGGGGAAUGCAAGUCCUGUGUUACUCUGUUUUCCAUCCAGCCAAAAAAAAAAGCAACUCCGGAACUUCUCUGGAAUCUUUGAUCUAAAGAAACGGCUUAAUGGAAACCUUUAGUGGUUUUAAAACCUGAUACUGGUUAAUGAACACAUGCCUAGUUGAGUCUUUUGGCUUUUUAUUGGUCAUAAUUCCCUUUAUAACUCCCUUUAAAUUAUUUUGUAAGCCAUGGGAUUUCUAAAACUGAUGCAGGCAGGAUAUCCAAUGUGACAUGCACGGAAUCUAAGAGUUCAUGAUUAAAAGUUGCUUUAUUGCAGCCGGUCUCAGUGGGAUAAAUGCGAUCUGCUUCAACAAACAUCAGAACUCUUCUGGCAACAGUGAUAAAAAAAACAACUUGAAGUUCAGAGGAGUGUUGCUUGAUGAGGAUGGAUCCCAGUGUUCUUCACUGUUCCAAGAGUAAGCUGAACUAAAAAGAGUCUGACCUGGACCAAAACCUUCUUUUAUAGAAGAAUUUUAUAGAUUCUAUAUCUUAUAGAAUCUGCUGCCUGGUAAGGAUGGAGGCUCCAUCCUGGAAAGCCGCUCUGUAGUAAAUACAUCUAAGUUGGAUUAACAUCUUCGGCUCUGCAGCGGACUCUCAGGCCCUCUGUGUUUGUCUGGGACGCACCAAAGCAAAGGUCCAGAUUAUGUCGGAGCUCAUGACUGCAGGUUCUAUAAAUACACAAAGGGAAGCGACGCCGCGUUCAGAGGAUUUCCUUCUGUUUACUCUUUAAACAGCAGCAUCUAUUAAAUGCAAUGUUUGUGUUUGUUGUCUGAUCUAAACCAAUCGGCUGUACACUUGGAAUUAAACGCUGAUGUAUCCGACCUGUCCACUGAAAAAUAACUUACCAUUAAUGUCAAUAUAUGACUACAUGCAUGGGCUUUAUUUAUUUAUAUAUUUAUUUUCCCUGUACUGUUCAGCGGCGGUAUUUGGAACAGAUUUACUUUCACAACUGGAGUGUUAGAGCUUUCGUUAUAAUGCCCCACUUGAUAUAAAUAUAAAAAUU